GAGAAGUCACAGAGACCCGGCGGUGCGGCCUGUGCCACCUCACCUCGCCUCCACUUUGGCAUUUCAAGCAAGUACCGCCCUCAGAGGUUCCUCUCUUUCCUCCGGACUAAGGAUGGAGGCUCCCUUCAGCCCCUCCGUUCUGCCUCCCGCGCCCAACCUCUCCUUAUCCAUUCUGCCGAGCUGGAGUCUCAACCUGACUUCGGGGCAGGCGACCUCUGUCCCGGGGCCGCAGCCGCCGCCACGCAGGCCACCCAGCCACCCCAUCCACCUGGUCUUCAUGGGAAUCAUCCUGGUGACCGCGGUGGCGGGCAACACCACGGUGCUAUGCCGCCUGUGCGGCGGCAGCAGCCGGCCCUGGCCAGGUCCCAAGCGUCGCAAGAUGGACUUCCUGCUGGUGCAGCUGGCAGCGGCCGACCUGUACGCGUGCGGUGGCACGGCGUUGUCGCAGCUGGCUUGGGAGCUGCUAGGCGACCCGCGUCCGGCUCUGGGAGACCUGGCGUGCCGCUUCUCGCAGCUACUGCAGGCAUCGGGGCGGGGCGCCUCCGCCCACCUGGUGGCGCUCAUCGCCCUCGAGCGCCAGCUCGCUGUGCGCCGUCCGCAGGGCCCGCAGCUGCCCGCGCGCGCCCUGGCUGCCCUGGGCUGGCUGCUGGCGCUGCUGCUGGCACUGCCGCCGACCUUCGUGGUGCGCUGGGGCGCACCUCCACCUCCGGCCGCCAGCGCCUGGCCGGGCGAGCAUCGCUGCGGGGGCAUCUUCGCGCCCCUGCCGCGCUGGCACCUGCAGAUCUACACUCUCUAUGAAGCUAUCGUGGGCUUCGCGGCGCCGGUCGCUAUCAUGGGUGUCUCUUGCGGCCACCUGUUGUGUGUGUGGUGGCAGCGCGGGUCUCAGGCUCCGGUGGCUGGGGCACCCUGGUCGGCCAGUCCGGCCCGAGCCCCCUUGCCCAGUGCACUGCCCCGCGCCAAAGUGCAGAGCCUGAAAAUGAGCCUGUCGCUGGCACUGCUCUUCGUGGGCUGCGAGCUACCCUACUUCGCCGCCCGCUUGGCAGCCGCCUGGUCGUCGGAGCCCACGGGCGGGCGACUGUGGGCUCUGGUGGCGGCUACGGAGGCGCCUGGGAGUUGUGUGCUGCGUGCGGGAGGCAGAAGCCGAGAUCAACGAGGGGGCUGGGGACCACCAGGCGCUGCACCGCCACCGCUGGCCUCACCCCCACUAUCACCACGCCCGGAGGGAGGAGCGGGACAAGGGCUACCUGCGCCCGCCCCCGCCGCGCCCCAGACCGCUGUCCUGCUCCUGCGAAAGUCCCUUCUAGGAGCUGCUGCAGAGACAGGUUUGUCACCGUGGCGCAGUCUCCAAGCAGCCCAGGGCAGGGCGUAGGGGUCUGCCUAAAUCACAAAGGAUGAACUGUUUCCUGGAACCUCUGAAGCCCUGUCUGCUUUCGUAUUUCUUUCUAAUGAGGACAUGCCUUUCACUUCCCCUUUGUUUUCUUCUCUCCAGUUCCUUUCGUAUUGCCCAUUUAAAGGAGACCAAACUUGGAAAGUUGUAAAAAUCCACCCAAGUUCCAGAGUUAUUAUUUUUGCAAUUCUCUUUUAUAUUCCCCAUUGUGUUCUAGAUAAGACCAUUUAUUUUAACUAAAUUGCCAAAUUUUCA